AUGAAUAGGGACUACUUUCCAGAGAACAACUCCAGGUACAAAGAUGUUGAUUACUGGGAUGAGCGUUACACAACAGAGCAGUGCUACGAUUGGUUGGGAGGCUUCUCCAAAUUCCAACAUCUGAUUGGAAAGCACGUUAAAAAAGAGGACUCCAUUCUUGUUCUUGGAUGUGGAAACAGCACCAUGAGUGGUGACAUGUACAGUGCAGGAUAUCAUUCCAUCACCAACAUUGAUUAUUCAACGGUAUGCAUCGAUGCCAUGAGCUCCAGGUACAGCGGGUGUUCUGGGAUGACCUGGCUGCAGAUGGAUGUGCGCCAGCUAUCGUUCCCGGACAAUUCUUUCGACAUUGUCCUGGAGAAGGCCACACUGGAUGCCCUCAUGGUUGAGGAAAAGUCUCCAUGGAGUAUGUCCCUGGAGACUGCCACUUUAAUUCAUCAGGCUCUCACUGAGAUCAGCCGCUGCCUUAAGCCUGGAGGGCUCUUCAUCUCCAUCACUUUUUCCAACCCAUUUUUCCGGAAACGCCUUUAUGCUCGCACGCAGUACGACUGGUCCAUCAAAAACUACAGUUACGGGGAUGGCUUUGAGUACUACAUGUAUGUUCUGACCAAAGGGGAGAUACUCAGCGCUGAAGAUGCGGCUUUGGAGAGAAAACUUAUGGAAGACGAACCUUCAGAUCCUCCCACAUUCAAGGAAGAGGAGCAAGAGGACAACUUCUUAUCCACAAUAGACCUUUGA